GCCCUAGCGCCCCCUAUUGACCCACCGCCACUGCUUUCUGCUAUGGGCUUUAGGACCUCGAAGAUCCGCUGCAGACGGGGAGUGACCCGGGACUUGUUUACCAGAAACCUGAAACGUCUGGCUGCUCUCACUCGACGCGGACUGCAGGAUCGAGAAGACACGAGCAGUUUGUCUGAGCUCCGUGCUCAGCAUAGGCUCAUAAACACAUUUUCACUCUAUUUCGUAUAAUCAUGGACUAUUGAACCGCUGCGGCACCAGUUCCUAUUUCUCCACUUCGGUUUUGCAGAAAUGUCUGUUUCUUUGCAAUUGUUUUUUCUCGGCGUGUGUUUGGUGGGCAGCAGCACCCCGUCCAGCCUCGAAGAUUGUUUGACGUCCAGUGGAGCUGGUUACAGAGGGGACCGGAAGGUCUCGUCCAGGGGUCUCUCCUGCCUGGUCUGGACCAACACCUCCAGAGACUAUGAUGUCAGGAUCCACCCCGACUCUGAAGCAGGUGUUGGCGAGCACAACUCCUGCAGGAACCCAGACGCCUCCGCCGGCCCGUGGUGCUACGUCUGGGGCCCGGACGGGACGGCCCAGAGACAGGCCUGCUCCGUGGACCCCUGCACAGAGGUGGCCGACGCAGCAGCCAGAGGGAGCCCAGCGGCCCCGCCCCUGGGGACAGACCCCCCCUCCCAGGCGGGGGGGCUGGAGCCAGCCACGACGGGCCCUCCGGGAGAGGUGGUCCCCCUCCAGCCCGUCGGGGGCCACAGCCAGCGGGUUCGCAGUACACCAAAGACGAAGAAGAAGGACCUGGGGACUCUGGGUUACGUCUUUGCGGUCCUGAUGAUGGUUGUGAUCAUCGCCCUGGGAGCUGGGAUCGUGCUGGGCUACUUCUACAAGAGGGGCCAGGACAUAAAGAAGAAGCACGAGCAGCGAGUGUACGAGCGGGAGAUGCAGAGGAUCACGCUGCCGCUGUCCGCCUUCUCCAACCCCACCUGCGAGCUGAUGGACGAGACCAGCAUCGUGGUCACGGUGGAGCCGGACGCAAGGGACGGGGGAGAGCCUCUGAUUGGCCAGCAGGCCGGGACCCCAGGGGCCUAAGCCUGAGGACUCUCCAUAUAAGAAAAGAAAAAAGAAAAAAACGACGUUUAAGCAUGGACUAAUUAAUGUGUGCAUGUGUACAAUUAAUAUUCGUGUCAGGGACCACAGGUCAAUCCAAGGUUUAAAAAAAAUGUCAAUGAACACCGAAAACAAUCCGGAAGAAUCUCCAAACCCCUACAAGAUGGCCUUCUGAAUGUAUGGUUGCAUCAGUCCAUUGAUCACUUCAUUCUCACCUCAAACUUCUCCUACUACUGCGUCACACAGCGUCACUGCAGUCGAUAAGACAACAGAACUGCCCUCUAUAUCCUCAGGUUAAGGAGAACCAGGAAGUAAGUGUGUGUGUGUGUGUGUGUGUGUGUGUGUGUGUGUGUGUGUGUGUGUGUGUGUGUGUGUGUGUGUGUGUGUGUGUGUGUGUGUGUGUGUGUGUGUGUGUGUGUGUGUGUGUGUGUCAGCCCCAUGGGGGGACUUGGGCCUCCGGUCUUUGUUGUCCGUGUCAAAUGACUAAGAGGAUUGCGUGAACGCCUUGACCUACAUGUCAAUUCUGUGACCAUUCCAUGUACCAUGUAUUCAAAAACAAAGAAAGAACAAACGUCAAUGUCCCCUUAGCAACUGGGAUUUAUUUCAUUGCGUACAGCAGAGAUGUGCUGCAUGUUGUUAUUUACAGCUUUAGUGUUUCCGGCUUGUCAAACAUAACACGUCAAUCUAGCUGUGUAGCUGUUAUUAUAUUGUCUGUUGUCAAAAUUACUGAUGCUGAACUGAAGUUGAACAUUUUAUUACUGUAUAAAAGACUGUAUGAUUGCAGUUGCAACUCCAAUAAAAAGUUUUUGUAAA